AUGGCAUUAUCAGCGCAACAUACUGUUACUAAUGCAGAAAUUGACAAACUUACAAACAAUCUUUGUAAUGCUGCAAAAAAUCUCAAAAUGGCUUGCUCAUCUCUCCGUAGUUUCUAUACUACCAAUGCUUCGUCAAUUUCAGUACUAGUCAAACUUCGUCGCGGCACUACCAACCAUGCCAUGGUCUAUAAAGAGACAGCUCUUCCAAUUGCGACUGUGGUCAUUCAAAACAUUCAAGAUUUCGCUCAAAACUAUGACGUGUUGGAAUAUGAUGAAUUUGAAGAAUCCCUCUAUGAUAUAGCUUCUGAAGCACAACAGAACGCUGCAGUAGCUACAUUUGUUCAACAACUUCACAAAGAAUUGCUCUUAAAUUUCAAAUCUGAACAAGAUAACGUGGAUACAGUUUUGAAUACGUUAAAACUAGACGGUGUGUGGUAUACUAAACAAGCGCAAAAAUUGGAAUAUUUAUCUAAAAUUAAAUUUGCCUGUGCAAUUGGUUUAUUCUUUGUACCUGGUGUAAAUUUAAUUGCGACUCCGUAUUUGUGCGCGCAGAGCAAGGUAGAUUAUGUCAAUUCGAUUGCAAACCAAGAAGAAUCAAGAUUAGCUGUAAGUGCCACGCGUGCCGUCGAGGAUGCUCUCAAUAAGUCACUAGAAAAAUUUAUUGAGGCUUUAGCUGAAAUUUCUGGUUUCUUUAUGCUCCUUGAAAGCGAACUAAAUCGAAUCGCUCAAUUCCACGACCAGGGAUUCAAGAGGCAUCAUUAUUUGAAAUGUCGUAAGAAAUCGCCAGAAAUUAUUGCAGCUUGUAAUGAUUUUAUAAAAUGCCUUCCUGACUGUAAAACUGACCUUCAAGUUAUUCCCAUAGACUGCGAUAAAAAUUACGUACAAGAAUGGCUCAUUGCAAAAAAGACUCAAAUUGGCAAUCAAACAAUUUCUUUUUCGGAAUGGGGAAAGCAAUUAUUUGUUAAGGAUGAACAAGUUUUAAACUUAUUCACUUUUAACGAGUAG